CUCUGCGAAGAACACGAGGACAGUGCAGCGCAGGGACUCGUUCAUCGGCACCCCUUACUGGAUGGCCCUGAGGUGGUGAUGUGUGAGACCUCGAAGGACCGCCCGUACGAUUACAAGGCUGAUAUCUGGUCACUGGGCAUCACGAUGAUUGAGAUGGCACAGAUGGAACCACCCCACCACGAGCUCAAUCCCAUGCGAGUUCUGCUGAAAAUCGCUAAAGCUGAGCCUCCCAGCUUGGCCCAGCCAUCCAGGUGGUCUCACGAGUUCAGUGAUUUCCUGAGGAAGUCACUGGAGAAGAACACGGAGGUGAGAUGGAGUGCUCAGCAACUACUGCAGCAUCCGUUUGUGGUGAACGUGACUGGCAGCAAGCCAGUGAGGGAGCUGAUCGCAGAAGCCAAGGCGGAGGUCACGGAGGAGAUUGAGGAGAGUAAAGAAUAUGAAGAGGAGGAGGAGGCCGAAACUCCAGGAUCUGCGCCAGGACACAAGCGAGCGCUGUCAGACAUCAGCACAGCCAGUUCUGAGGAUGAGAAACUCUCUCAGUCGCCUUCUAUCCUCGAGUCGGUGACAGAGAAAAAGGAGCCGCGAAACCCUGAGGAGAGCACGGACAAGGCCAGCGACUCGCUGUCUGACGAGGGGAUCGGUGCCAGCGAAAGUGACCGGAUGACAGAAAACAAUGUUUCCGACACCAGCAAUGAGGAUCUGCCGUCUGCCACCAGCAAAACCACUGAACCAGCCCAGCCCCCGGCCGAGAGCAGCCCUGAGCUGCCCACGACACAGGAGCAGGGCACUGGGGCUCGAGAGCAAAGAGUGAAGGUGUUAGCGAUAGGGAAAAGAAACGAGAAUGGGGUGGAGAAUCAGUCGGCAGUAGGAGAGGUGAUGGGAGCAGAGGUGAGGGGAGGGGGUGAAGGGACAGGAGCUCUGUCUGUGGAAGCAACAGGAAGGGCUGCAGGAGGGAAGGAGCAAGGAAUACAAUCCGUCACCGAAGAGAUCCACACAGCAGCUGCAGCAGCAGAGCCGAGCACAGAGGAGAGCAAACAGGAAGCCCCCAUCUCAGCCCAAAACCUUCCAGCAAUUCUCCAGACAGAACCGUGUGAACGAGAGGAUCAGCCAGGCACCCAGGGAGAGACCUACACUGAGCAGCGGCAGAUGGGAGACAAGUCAAAGUCUGCAGAUGAGAGCGCUGUUAAACCCGAGACCCUCACAAAGGCUGUAGGUGGGGCAGAGGGUCCCAGUGAGAAACAGAUUGGGGCAGCGGGUCCCAGUGAGACAGAGAUUGGGGCAGUGGGUCCCAAUGAGACAGAGAUUGGGGUAGAGGGUCCUGUAGAGACAAAGAUUGGUGUAGAGGGUCCUGUAGGGACAGAGAUUGGGGUAGAGGGUCCUGUAGGGACAGAGAUUGGGGUAGAGGGUCCUGUAGGGACAGAGAUUGGGGUAGAGGGUCCUGUAGGGACAGAGAUUGGGGUAGAGGGUCCUGUAGGGACAGAGAUUGGGGUAGAAGGUCCUGUAGGGACAGAGAUUGGGGUAGAGGGUCCUGUAGGGACAGAGAUUGGGGCGAAGGUUCCCACAGAGGAUGGGAGUCAGCCAGAGGGUGUCAAUAUGAGUAAGUCUGGGCCCGAGGCUCCUACGAAGGUUGAGAGUAGGCUAGAGGGUGCUGGUGUGAGUGAGAUCCAGCCUGAGGGGAGUGAGAGCCAGUCUGAGGGUCAGGCUGAAGGUGUAAUAACAAACAAACUAUUAAAUGAGAGGAAUGGCGAAGUCUGUAGUGAAACCCAUGUUAAAGAGGAAUGCAUGAGCCAAGGGGAAACCAAGCCACAAAAGGUUGCUGAGGUGUGUGUGCCUGUGGGGCCACGGGAGGUGACAGGGAAAGGGGAGAUCAGGGAUCAGAGCGGUGGCAAGCUCGGCAAAGAGAAGGAGCGGGACACAGACUCAGGAAGUGGGUCGAUGGCCGAGAACAGCAUCGAUCUCAACCUGUCCAUAUCCAGCUCACUGACCCGCAACAAGGAGACAGGAUCCAUAUCUCUGCAGGAAAUCCGGCAGCAGAAAAAGACCUUGAAGAAGACGCGUAAGUUCCUGGUGGACGGUGUUGAGGUGCGAGUCACCACAUCCAGAAUCCUCUCGGAGAACGACAGGAACAAUGAGGAGAUGAGGUACCUGAGGCGGCAGGAGCUGCGGGAGCUGAGGCUGUUACAGAAGGAGGAGCAGCGAACACAGCAGCAGCUCAGCCACAAACUGCAGCAACAGCGAGAGCACAACUACCGGCGCUUCGAGCAGGAGAUGGCGAGUAAGAAGCGUCAGUAUGACCAGGAAAUUGAGAACCUGGAGCGGCAGCAGAAACAGACGAUCGAGCGGCUGGAGCAGGAGCACACCACGCGACUGAGAGACGAGGCCAAGCGCAUUAAGGGCGACCAGGAGAGGGAGCUGGGCAAGUUCCAGAGCAUGCUGAGAAACCGCAAGAAAGAGGUUAAAUCUGAAGUGGAGAAACUCCCCAGAGAGCAACGAAAAGAGCAAAUGAAGCGAGUCCGAGAGGAGUUUGCACAGGCGUUGCAUGUCCAGGGAGUCGCCCAGGUCAUGAUACAGUCUUUUCAGUUGUCCUCGUGUACAUUGUUCAACGCUCAGCUGCAGGAUGAGCAGGAGUUCCUGCAGAAACAGCAGCAGGAGCUGGACGGAGCCCUGAAGAAAAUUAUCCAGCAGCACAAGCUGGAACUUGCCACCAUCGAACGCGAGUGUUUGAACAGCAAGCAACAGCUACAGCGAGCCAGAGAAGCUGCUAUCUGGGAGCUGGAAGAGCGCCACCUGCAGGAGAAACACCAGCUACUGAAGCAGCAGCUGAAAGACCAGUAUUUCAUGCAGAGACACCAGCUGCUGAAGAGACACGAGAAGGAAAUGGAGCAGAUGCAGAGAUAUAACCAGCGUCUGAUCGAGGACCUGAAGAGCCGGCAGACACAGGAGCGAGGCCGCUUACCCAAGAUCCAGCGUGGAGAGGCCAAGACGCGCAUGGCCAUGUUCAAGAAGAGUCUGCGGAUUGGCUCCUCAGGCUCCCCAGAACAGGACCGAGAGAAGAUCAAACAGUUUGCUGCUCAGGAGGAGAAGAGGCAGAAAAACGAGCGAAUGCAGCAGCACCAGAAACACGAGAACCAGAUGCGGGAUCUGCAGUUACAGUGCGACGCUAACAUUAGGGAACUCCAGCAGCUACAGAAUGAAAAGUGCCACCUGUUAAUUGAACAUGAGACACACAAGCUGAAGGAGGUGGACGAGGAGCACAGCCAGGAGCUGAAGGAGUGGCGGGAGAAGCUGCGACCCAGGAAGAAGAUUUUAGAGGAGGAAUUUGCUCGCAAGCUGCAGGAACAAGAAGUAUUUUUUAAGAUGAGUGGCGAAUCCGAGUGCCUUAACCCCUCAGCACAGAGCCGCAUUUCCAAGUUCUACCCGGUCCCCAGCCUGCACUCCACGGGAUCCUAACCACAUGAUUCGGGAAGUUUCUGCGGCUCUCGCACUAGUGCUAAUUGUGUAACUGGGUCACAGACUCUCCGCUGAUGCUCCAGCUUUCCAAUCCAUCACCUUGCUCUUCUGACGGCCGAGGUGGCAGAAUCCCGUCAGUGUGUGGGGCAAAGGCUGGAGCAGCUGUUAGCAUCCCUGUAAUACUGUCUCUGUUACCUUCCCUUCACCUCUCCCCUGGGCUCCUCAGCUGCAGGGUGAGGUCUCGCUGCUUCUGGUCUUAGCCACUGGAAGCACAAAGCACGAGGUCAGAGAACCUUAUUUCCUCUUCCCCUCCCCACCCA